GCCUCUUCGAAUCAAAUUACCAAAGCAAGUCUUCUUUGACAUGAGCUAAGUUGGUUCAUUUCGGUCUUCCGGAUUGGAGGACAUAUAUUCAGAGGAAGGUCAUAAAACAGUAUAGAAAAUGAGUAGUUCUCGAAGGCGCUUUGAUGUUGGUGAUGUUAAAACUAGAGAUAAAACUCUGUGUCGUUAUGGAUCGAAAAGUCUUGAUCAUGAAAUCGGGCAACUUACAAGGAUUUGCUCCAGCCCUAAUAUACGUGGGGCCAGACCAGGCAAGGUCAACUUACCUGUUUCCCCAGUGAAAAUGCUUGGAAGGAGGGAAGUGAACUAUAAUGGGAGAGGAAGAUUCACUUCUGCAGAUUGCUGUCAUGUUCUAGGCCGAUAUUUACCCGUUUACGGCCCUUCAGUAGUAGAUAGAAAUAGAAGUUCUGCAUAUGUGUCUCAAUUCUCUGCAGAUGGUUCUCUGUUUAUCACUAGUUUUCAGGAAAACCAUAUUAGAGUAUAUAAUGUUGAUCAUGGGUGGAAAGUUCAGAAGGACAUACGUGCCAGAAGCAUGCGAUGGACAAUCACAGAUACAUCACUUUCGCCUGAUCAACGUUUUCUGGUUUAUUCUAGUAUCUCACCCAUUGUACAUAUUGUUGAUGUUGGAUCUGCUACAAAAGAGUCUCUUGCAAAUAUUACAGAAAUUCAUGAAGGUCUAGCGUUUUCAUCAGAAGUCGAUGACUAUGAUGAUUAUUCCUUUGGAAUCUUCUCUGUUAAAUUUUCUACAGAUGGUCGAGAACUUGUAGCUGGUAGCAGUGAUGAUUCGAUCUAUGUUUAUGAUCUUGAAACAAAAAAACUAAGCCUUCAUAUCACUGCUCAUCAGUCUGAUGUUAAUGCUGUAUGUUUUGCUGAUGAAAGUGGCCAUCUCAUAUACUCUGGAAGCGAUGAUAGUCUGUGCAAGGUUUGGGAUAGACGCUGCUUCGCUUCUGAUAGGAAAGCAGCUGGGGUCCUCAUAGGCCAUCUAGAAGGCAUCACAUUCAUUGAUACUCGAGGAGAUGGCCGUUACUUCAUCUCAAAUGGAAAAGAUCAGGCAAUCAAACUCUGGGAUAUCAGAAAAAUGUCUUCAAAUGUGAACUACACUCCUAGGCCUCGGAAGCAUGAGUGGGAUUAUAGAUGGAUGGAAUACCCUCAGCAUUUGAGAAAUAAGAGACACCCACAUGACCUGUCAUUGUCAACAUACAAAGGGCAUUCAGUCUUGCGCACGCUGAUACACUGUUACUUUUCUCCAGCACAUAGCACUGGGCAAAAGUAUAUCUACACUGGAUCAACUGAUUCUUCUGUUUAUAUUUAUGACCUGGUGAGUGGUGAUCGAGUUGCAAAGCUAGUUUAUCACGACGCACCUGUAAGAGAUUGCAACUGGCACCCUUUCAUACCCAUGUUGGUUAGUUCCUCAUGGGAUGGUGUGAUCGCAAAUUGGGAAUUUCCAGGCAACGACGAAAGUGCCCCAUACCAGUAUGGCAACCCAGUUGAAGAUACACACAACCACAUAUGAGAUAAGAUACAACAAAUGUGCGCCUCUCAUAGAUGAUGACUACAUGCUUCAAAUAUAUGUGCAUUAUUAUCCUGCAUGUUUUAACGGUCAAACUGUAAUAUGAAUGUGUUAGUUCAAGCAUAUGCUUAGAGCAUUAGGAAAAAGAUCCUGUCCGAAAGCUGUCUGGCCACUGCCGUUUGGGGCGUUAUCAGAGGAAUUUUUUGAGCAUGUUAUUCAUGAAGUGUAGAUUAUGUUCAAAUUUCAGUUAAAAAUUGAAUCGGGAAGGUAAUCAAACAAUUUUUUGAAGAUAACUACGUUUUAUAUGUAUAUUUUGGCGCAGUUAUCUUCAAAAAAUUAUUUGACCGUCUCCCCGAUUAAAUUUUCAGCUGAAAUUUGGUGGGUAUGAACUCAUGCUCAAAAAUUUUCAUCAAAAUGUUUCACCGGGAACCGCCCCAAACGAUGGCGGCCAGACGGAGGGACCUGUCCAUCUGUCUGGACAAGAUCAUUCCUCUAUAACAUUAUAUUUAUCAUUUGAGACAAGCCUGAAAUGCUUUGAUAUGCUCGCGAGCAUAUUUACAUGCAUACUUAUAGGCAAUCAAUGUAACUUAUACCAAGGUCUCGAGUUCGAUUUCCGUGUACAUGAAAAUACAAAAAAUGGAGAUAUCGUAGAGUGUAAUUUUUUUAGUAAAAGGGUAAGACUGUGUACAUCCGACUUCUCCUUACCCCACCAAAGGUGGGGAGUCUUUAGUCUUUGCAACACUGGGGUAAUGAUGAGGAUGAUGAUGAUGACCCGUAUAGUG